CGAACGAAUCACGAAUUCACGAAUGAAAUGAAAGAGAAUGAAAGGAAUAAGCGGCUAAAAGGGCAUUUCUUAGUUGAAUUUUGAUCGUUUUUUAUGUGAAAAGUGUAUUUUUCCGUUAACAAUUACGCCAGUGGAUAACUUAUUUAUUAUUUGUGUUAAAUGUUCUAUGAAGUGCUGUUUGUAAUUAUGUGUUGUUUCGAAGCGUUGGUGUGUCGAAUUUGUGAGUGAUCUAGGUGGUAUCCUGGUUCUGUGCCGUGCAGAGCAAUAAUGGUUCAACUUCCCGCUGGCAUCGUUGGAAUUUAAACAAUUUGGUUCCGAACGGUAUGGAUGAAGGUCUACUGAACGAUCUACUGGAGUGCUCCGUGUGCUUGGAGAGGCUCGACACCUCCUCGCGCGUCUUACCCUGCCAACACACAUUCUGUUUGAAGUGCUUGAAGGUGAUAGUUGAAUCGCACAAGGAGCUACGAUGUCCGGAGUGUCGGGUGCUAGUCGAGGCCAAAGUGGAGGAGCUGCCUCCCAAUGUGCUCCUGAUGAGGAUCCUCGAGGGCAUGAAGAAUUCUGCCCCGAGGAAGGUCAGCGUGGUCCAACGAACGCCGAGGAGUGGGCAUUCUCAGCCGCAGACGCAGCAAGGUGCGCGGACGGAAGCCAAGCAGCUGCCGCCGCACGCCCGCGCCAUCUACGACUUCAUAUCCAAGGAGCCGGGUGACCUGUCAUUUAAAAAAGGCGAUACGAUUAUGCUGCAAAAGAAAUUGGACCAUUUCUGGUAUCAAGGCGAGUGCUCGGGGCGAACUGGCAUGUUCCCUAUCACAUAUGUACAGGUAGUGGUAGCAUUGCCCGUGCCGACUGCAUUGUGCAAAGCUCUAUACGACUUCAGGAUGUCCGCUCCUGAUGAAGAAGGUUGUUUGGCUUUUGAUAAAGGUGCAAUAAUAACGGUGCACAGACGUGUGGACGAGAACUGGGCGGAGGGUCGGCUGGAGCGCCGCGUCGGCAUCUUCCCCAUCGCAUUUGUUGAGCUCAACCAGCCCGCACGACAACUCAUGAACAGUGUACCCUUAAACCGGGCAGUACCACCACUGCCCUCUGAAGAUACAAGACCAGGCCAUUCGGAGCACAGGCACACUCAGCACGCGCAUCGAUACCAGCCUGUCUCCCUCUCCGCGCCACCCUCCGCGCACGGCAACUACCAGAACAUGGCACCCAUGACACCCAUGACACCAAACCCACACAACUAUCCUCCACACGCACAUAGCAUGCUAACACAACAACAGCAGAUCCUAGUCCCCCAAACUGUCUCUCAUGGACCUCUUGUCACUAAUAUGUCUAGAAAUAUUGUUGAACCUACCCAAACUAAACUAUCGUUAGAAUUUAUCAAUCAUUUUGUUAAUGUUCAUAAUAAUAAAAGUGUUGGCAUACAAAAUGUGUCACGUAUCAAUGACUACGAACGUAUGAGAGUAGGAAAAUUUGAAAGUUACACACAAAAAGCAGACAACACUUACCAGAAUGUGAGAACUCAUGAACAUUUUCCUAUAUCAGUGGCGAAUUUCAAUGCAAAUAAUGUCAGCUCAGAUUCUAGUUCGAGUAUGAACACGCCAUCUGUCGGCGUCAGUUCGACAACAACACCGAAUACCAGCUCAAAUACAAGUACUUGUGAAAGUGCUGAACCCAGUUUACCCAGUUCACCCGACAAUAAUACAGAACGAAAUGCAACCGUAAACGUACAGAAUACGGUUCAAAAUCCAACACCUGAAUUAACAAAUGAUAAUGAAGAUACUUCAAUAAAUACUUCUAUGGGAGUUCUAAGUCUUAACGAAAGUUCAACCGCGACUAACACAUCGUUAAACGUCAGUUUACCACCAACAGAAAGUCCUAAAAUGACAGCAAGUACAUCACAGAGUCAAAAUGAAAGUCUAGAAAAUAAUGAUACGUCUAGAUUAGAUGUACCUUCAUCUUCUAAGACUGUACGUCCCAGUGGACCUGAUUCUUUAUUGAACUUCGGGCUGGGUCUGCAAGCCGCAUUGUCGCCAUCUCACGGCAAAGAUGGAAACUAUUCCCGGUCUCAUAGAGAACAUCAUAGAGAAAGAGAGAAGAGACACAGUCUGACUCCCUCUACACAUCUGCAAGGGAAUCAUACACCGGUAAAUAGACAUUCAGCUGAAAUCCUAGCGACCAGUCUUCUAGACCACGCCCCAGAGAGAGACAGAAAGCGCACAGAAAGAGAGGGAGAGAGAAGACGUCGUCGUUCUAGAAGUAACGAGCGCCCUCUACCUGCAGCUUACGUCGCCAUGUAUCCAUACAAACCGCAGAAGUCUGAUGAACUGGAACUCAAGAAAGGAGGUUUGUAUACUGUAACGGAGCGUUGUCGUGACGGAUGGUACAAGGGAUACUCGGAGAGCACGCAGCGCUGCGGCGUGUUCCCCGGCAACUACGUGGUGCCUGCAGCAGCACAACACGCGCACCAUGCACCGCAUCAUGCACAACCAGCUCACCAUCAGACCAGACCUAAGCACGACAAGGCGGUCGUUCAAGCGAAUCCUAAAACUACACAAGCACCUCCUGAUGCGCCCCCUAGGACUGCCAGCCCCACAACUGUGCAACCUCUGACAUAUCCAUGGAGUGCUCAGGCGACUCAACCGCAAGCUGCUGCCAAAACAGACAAGCCCAAAGAGAAGACGAAAUCUGAGAAAAUUUCAAUAUCAACGGGCGUCAGUCUGAUGAAAAGAUUGGCUGCUAUGAAGAAAUGCAAAUCACCUCCUCCCGUGGGGUACAGUAUGGACAACCCCGUGUUCGAGGACGGACCCGGCCCUUCCCUGGCCGCCCCCCACCCUGUACACGUCAGGUCGGGGUCAUGCCCCUCCCAGCUGCUGCGCACGCUGCCGGGGGCUGGGGGCGGGGGUGGGGGCGGUGCGGGGGAGCGCGCGCGCAUCAAGGAGCGGGCCGCCAUGCUCGCUCUGCACGACCACAGAAUGCACAGAGCGAGCAACGAAGGACCAUGGCAGAGCCAGCAUCGCAAGUCGCAGUCACUAGACGUGACAGUCGCCCGCCGUGACAGGCAUCAUGCGCAACCUGUCAAAGAAAGAUUCCGCUGUAUAGCACCUUACCCGCCCAACUCUGAGUACGAAUUAGAGUUGAAAGUGGACGAUAUCGUGGUAGUGUCACGUAAGCGCGGCGACGGUUGGUACAAGGGCACGUUGCAGCGCACCGGCCGCACGGGACUCUUCCCUGCCUCAUUUGUACAGAGCUGCCCUCAUGAAUGACAUGACACCCACAGUUACUAUGAUACGUUUUACUGACAGAAAAAAAACCCUACUUUAAGUCUUCUGAAAAAAAUAUAAUAAAUAUCUUGGAUUUUGAAAUAUUUUGUAUACUUCCCAAGCAUAGGUAAAUGUAAAGAUGUGUUUUGAAGGUCACACGUCUGCUAUACGAAUCUUGAAAUACUGUUGGGACCUGGUGAACUAACAUAAUUGCUUAUUCUGACUAAGAUGACCUUAUAACCGGUUUUUAUAGUACUUUUUUUUUCUAACACCAUGCGGUAAAUAUUACGUAUGACUGAUUGUCAAUACUCAAAAACUGUCAACUAAUUUAAUCGUUUUCAUGUUAUUUAACUGACAUUUCGUCUACAAAUCGUGGGUUUCCGAGACCAAAAUCUAUAUAUAAAACAUAUCGUCACCCGUCUCAUUAUCUUUGAUAAAAAAGAGAU